CCAAUCCGUGACGACAGAGAAGAGCUGGCAAAAGAAGCCAUUAUAGCUGCUGGCAAAAUAUUGACAAUUUGUCAACCAACAGAGUUUUUGAUUUGCCGUAUUCGUGACCUCUGCUGAGUAAUCGCGGUAUUGAUUGGGAGUCGCUGAGCACAGUGGAGUCACAGAGAGAGGAGGAGACGGACAGAAGAAAAACAAAGAUGGCUGUGUAGUCCAGGAGGCGAUUUCCAACAGAGUCGCAAUACUGUUUGAUAAGCUAAUCGGGGGUAUAUCGGGUCGAAUACCUCUCGAUCGGUUUCGGCUGGUUUGUGGAAGAAGUCCGGGAAUCUUGGUGCAGGGCCGUGUCCUGAUGGGCUACGGUGUGGGUGCUGUCACUGCGACGAACGACGUCAAUAGCACGACGGGGUCUGUUUUGUUCCAAAGCAGGGAAAAAAAACUCAAGUGUUUUGAAAGGCUGAUGGCUAGCACUAGCUAGAUGCAUAGAUAAACUUUUAUAGUGGUUAUAGCUAACGUCAGCUAGCUAACAACGUCAUAUAUGUUGAGACAGCAAUUCAGUGAGCGUAAGCUGCAUAUCGUUAGCGCUAAACCUUCCGAAUCAAACAAAAGCGUUGUUCAAUAGACUGUUUACUCGUUUGAAUCUAAGCCCGUUUAUUUACGAAAUAAUCGCUACCAGAGUUGGCUAGCUAGAUAGCAAGCCAGCAUAGCUCGCUAGCUUACUAGCUAGCACACUAGCUAUAGCUUCGCACUGUGAGGUCGACAGUCGGACAUAGAUCACAAAAUACAACAGGAAAAACGAGAACUAAAUAGAUGUCCUCUAUGGAGGAAAGGGUGGAAGUAGGGGUUGCGGCAGCUCCGGGCUCUUCCUCUGCCGGGCUAGGUGUGGGGGCAGUGGGUGGCGCCCUCGAAGCGGUUGCUGUGGGUGCCGGGCUGGCUGGAAUACAGGAGGAGGCCGGGGUGCGGAGAGAGGUGUCCGGGCCUGAAUCUGACCCCGACGCGCCGCCCAAGAAGCGAGUGAGACUCCAGGAAGGCGAGGCAGGGAAAUUGGAGGAGAGAUUAUAUUCCGUACUCUGCUGCACCGUGUGCCUAGACCUACCCAAAGCCUCCGUCUAUCAGUGUACGAACGGGCACCUGAUGUGUGCAGGCUGCUUCAUCCACCUGCUGGCCGACUCGCGUCUGAAGGAGGAGCAGGCCACCUGCCCCAACUGCCGCUGCGAGAUCAGCAAGAGCCUGUGCUGCCGGAACCUGGCGGUGGAGAAGGCGGUGAGCGAGCUGCCCUGCGACUGCAGCUUCUGCCUCAAGCAGUUCCCGCGCAGCGGCCUGGAGCGCCACCAGAAGGAGGAGUGCCAGGACAGAGUGACCCAGUGUAAGUACAAGCGGAUUGGUUGCCCGUGGCAGGGUCCCUUCCAUGAGCUGACGGCCCACGAGGCCGAGUGUUGCCACCCAACCAAGACGGGCAAUGAGCUGAUGGGCAUCCUGGACGAGAUGGACCAGUCCCACCGAAAGGAGAUGCAGCUGUACAACAGCAUCUUCAGCCUGCUGUGCUUUGAGAAGAUCGGCUUCACAGAGGUGCAGUUCCGGCCGUACCGCACGGACGACUUCAUCACGCGCCUGUACUACGAGACGCCCCGCUUCACCGUGCUCAACCAGACCUGGGUGCUGAAGGCGCGGGUCAACGACUCGGAGCGCAACCCCAACCUGUCCUGCAAGCGCACGCUCUCCUUCCAGCUCAUCCUGAAGAGCAAGGUGAACUCCGCGCUGGAGUGCUCCUUCCUGCUGCUGAAGGGGCCUUACGACGACGUGAAGAUCAAGCCCGUCAUCAACCACCACGUUUUCAGCAACGACACCAACGAGACUGACUAUGUGCCCCUGCCCAUCAUCGACUCGGUCGAGUGCAACAAACUGCUGGCGGCCAAGAACAUCAACCUCCGCCUCUUUAUAUUCCAGAUCCAGAAAUGAUAGAGGGGUAGAAGUAUGCGGGUGAAGGAGGGGUGAGAUGGAGAGGGGGAAGGAGA